AUGUGCCACUUUCAGGUCUCCUCACACUGCUGGUGGGUUCCAUUUUGUCAUAGGGUGCUGGCAGAUUACGGGCCUCCCAUUGCUGCUGCCAGGCCCGUAAUCUGCCAUGGGCCCCUGUACCGCCUCCUCAUGCUGCUGCCAGGUCCAGAGUGUGUCAUGGGUCCCUGUACGGCCUCCCAUUGCUGCUGUCUCCAUCGCCACACUCUGCCAUGUGCCACUUUCAGGUCUCCUCACACUGCUGGUGGGUUCCAUUUUGUCAUAGGGUGCUGGCAGAUUACGGGCCUCCCAUUGCUGCUGCCAGGCCCGUAAUCUGCCAUGGGCCCCUGUACCGCC